ACUUUUGCCAUGCGUUUGACAAUUUUCAAUCAUUUUGACGCAAAUGUAGUCAAAACCAUGCAUACCGUAAACAAUGGUGUCUUUUGUUUGGUUAGGUGAUUCCCCGUAGUAUGGUACUUUCCACACAGUCGGACCCUAGUACGCAGCAAAAUCAUUUGAGAACAUCACACUGAUAGAGUACACAGACCAAGCAUGGCGCGUUCUCUCGGUAUGAGUCAUUUCCCGAUUGUCCUCUGUUGUGUUUUCAUCAUCAUUGGGGCCGUGAAGGGGACAAGCUCUUCAGAAGAUAGAGCGGACAGAAAGUGCGACGUUGACAAAUAUUAUGACGAGUUUACUAGGAAUUGCGAGGCGUGCAGCCUGUUGUGCGAGGUGGCGCGGGACACCAUGAAGGAAUGCGAGCAGAAGUGUGGAGACUACCUGGCCAUGGUGCAGCAGCAGACGACAACACCUGUGUACAGGCCACGUCACGGUCAUCACGGAGGUCAAGGUCACGGCACAGGAGAAGCAGUCCGGGUCGACAACGUUCAAAUUGCAACCCAACUGAGUGCCAUCAACGAUAGCUUGCGGGCUAUAUUCUACGUCAUCUUAGCCCUGACUGUCGUAGCCACGGGUACGGUGAUCGGCGGAAGUUUCUACCUGUUAAAAGUAAAAAGGAAGCGAUUGGACGAGGAGAGUUACUGCAGCCCUCCCACACACCAAUCCUCCAUCGCGGUGCAAGUGGAGCCGCCUGCGCAAGAAAAUGUACGAGACCAUCCAGAAGGAGGUGAAGAAGCGGCGGAGACCAACCCCUCCCUCCCCGUACAGAACGCCAGCCGCUGCCCCUCCCACAGCCGCCUGAAUGUGGAGGACGCCCUGAGGAACCAGCAAGCUCACGACGCAGGGCGCAGGAGUUCCUCAGAGUCUGAUGUCUAAGGAGGAAAAGGAGAAUAUUGGUUUUGUUGUGCAUGGAAGGGGAGAUGCGAUUUGGUUUCGCUGUUCUGUAAAACUUACUAUAGCGUUAUAUUCGUGGUCUUGUGUUUAUUUUGAUAGUACAUAAUAUAGACCUUUUAUGAAUACGUAAUAUUAUGUACGAAGAGUCUUGUGUAUUCUUAAGUUGUAAAAUGUAUGAAUUAUGGUAGAAAUGUACAUUCUUAUAGACUGGACUACGUCUAUAUAACUGACAAUGUAUAAAUUUUCCUGUAACCAGAAAAGGAUAUACGGAUAGAUCUUAAUUUUCGUCAUAGUAAAUACAAUAUCAAGCGCAGGCGUAACACUCUGUAUUCUUGAAUGGAAAACGUUUGUGAAAUUAAUGUAUUAUUGUGAGAUGAAAUGUU